UUUAUAAAAACUAUGAAACUCUAGGUUCCUCCCUCCUUACCCGGGGGAGUCCAUUUUCCCGAAACAGCUAAUCUGAAGAAAGAGGAAUCAGGAUCAACUCUACCCCCUCCCAAGACGCAAUAACUCCUACCUUCUUACUGAAACAAAACUCAACAAAAACUGCGAAAACAAACACGCACAGAUUCCUAUCCAGAAACCCCUAAAAUUCUGUUUCCGUUUCUGUUUCGAAAUGAAGGAUGAUGACACUCUUCCGACGACGGCGACGACGGUAACCAAUGUGAAGAAGGAGAACUCCGAUUCCAGUCAAUAUGGUAGAGGCCGGUACAAGUUCUGGGCGUUAGCGGCCAUUCUGUUGCUCGCAUUCUGGUCGAUGCUCACCGGCACCGUAAACCUCCGAUGGUCUGCCGGUAAUCUUAACCGCCUUUCGGAUGAUCUCGAGCCUCCUAUCCAUUACGAUCUCGAUGUCCUCGAAAUGGAGGAGAGGGAGAAGGUGGUGAAGCAUAUGUGGGAUGUAUAUACUAACGGCCGUCGGAUCAGAUUAACGAGAUUUUGGCAGGAGGCUUUUAAGGCGGCGUACGAGGACUUGAUCAGUGAUGUGCCUGGAGUCAGGGAGGCUGCAAUCACGGAGAUCGCCAAGAUGUCUAUACGCUCCGUUGUUAUUGAUCCUCCUCCCGUCCAAUCAACUAAUGUAAGAGAAUUGAGCAAGACUCUGAAGCAAGCAGAGAAAGCUGCAAGCAAGGUAACUUCACUUAGGAAUGGUCAAUGAUGCAAAGAAUGCUGAGGAUAUGAUAUGAAGCUUCAAAAUUUAACUACUUUGUACUCUCAGUUGCUGAAAUGCUAUCCGAAUAUUGUAAGAGGUAGUAGUUAGAGGGAAAAAGCAAAACCAUAGUUGAUGUUUUUAUAUAACAGGAACAAUUAUGCAUUUAGUUAGGUUCUCAUUCUUCCAAAUUUUGCCAUCACAUUCUUGUCCUGCAUUAUAAACUGAAACAAUCUUCUUUUAGCAGAUAGCUUGAAAAAUGAUAGAAUUUUCAUGAGAUUUCUUUGAUAUAAAUUUAAGUGAAAAGA